AUGCAACACCACAAGGCCAAUGCGGACAGACAUUCUUACUGCAUGAAAUGUGACCUCGAUUUCCAGUCUCAGCAGACACUCCAUCUACACAAGAUUAUGAGUGACCGUCACUUUGCUUGCCCCGAAUGCUGUCUCGAGCUCCGCAGCGAGGCUGGUUUGGAGGUUCACAUGAGAAACAAUCAUCGCGAACAUCACGAAAUUGCCUGCAAGGGGUGUGGUUGCAAGUACAAGUCCGCCUCGGCAGUCAUGAAACAUAUUGAAGACAAGGCGUGCCCUAUUCUUGCCCUGCCAGAGAAAGCUCGCGAGGGCGCCAACUAUGAACUUCACAGCACAACAAGUGUUUUGACGAUGGGCAAAGAUUCUCCUGGACCACAGUCUCCUCCCUCUGAAAGCUCCAGCGAGGACCUGGAUACAGAUGGUGGCGUUCUGCUGAAUCUCUCUAUUCCCCGUAUGGAAGGAAAGCGUCCUGCUCAUGAUACGGGGGUUGCAACCCACCCUCAUGACAAAUGGCUCGAACUGGGCGCUCCAACGACCCCAGCCAAAGGAAAAGCGGGAAGUAGCUCCACUGAAUCGCCCGGAGGUGUCCUCCUCGAUGAUAAUUUUGGUCCCUCAAUCCGCUACGAUGAUCCUUUCCCGUCUGCCCACGGAGCCAUUAAGCAGUCAAGCGGGGCAGUUCCCUCUGGAUCCAAUCCAGUUGCCCAAGGAGAAGGCCCUUCUCGCUAUGUGGCUCCCACUCGUUGCCGAGCCAUGGCUCACCGCAAGAUCCAAGGCGUGGACCCGGAGAAGUUCUGGAAUCCCGAAAAAAGUCGCUACUACUGCAACUGCGGUUCGUCUUUCUUGUAUGCUACCACCUUUGAGUAUCACUUGACGAUGGAGGAUGAAGCAAUCAAUGAUUGCCCUCGAUGCUUCAAACGAUUCAGGACCCUCGCCGCGCUCGUUGCCCAUAUGGAGGCUCGAUAUUCCAAGUGUGCUUUCCGUGUCACCACUGGCCAAAUUGAACAGGACCUCAGUGAAGUUACUCGAGGCUUUGCUGAUAUCCCGCGGAUGAUUGGCGAGGAACUGGAGUCCGGAGAGAUGGGGUUCGAUGUGAGUAGCCAGCCUGAGCAUAAUGCUCCUGGGUCUUCGGAUGAAGAUGUCCCGUCGUUGAGUGCGGGUGAUAUUUCUUCAACCCCGGAGGCCCUCUCUUCUAAUGGAGAUGACGACUCUUCCAACGCAGAGGCUAUGUCGUCCAAUGAAGUGCCCGUGUCUUCCAAUACAGCGUCUGGUGCUUCAAACGUGGAAUCCCUAGUGGAUGAUUUGGAAAGACUAGUCUGUUCCGAUGCGCCUAACAGGGAUGACGAGGAAGAACUUUGA